AUGUCAAUAAAUCUGAGGUCAAUUUUACUGUAUAUUUUAUUAAUCUACAUAAUUGUUAAAAAUAUAAAUUGUUCAAUUUCUAAUGGAAAAAGAACAGUUUACAAAAGAAAAGAAACUUAUCAAAAAAGGAAUGAGAAUGCUUAUGAUAAGUUUCAAGAAAGAACACUUAAAAAGUUGAGAACAGAAAAUGGCCGACUUUUAUUAGUAGUUUGCAAGUCAAAAUGCUUAAAAGAGAGAGCUGAUAUAGCCGCGUGGCUAAGUGAAUACAACAAGAAAAGCAGUAUAAACUCCCAAAAUUUCCAUAAAGAAAUCAACGAAACUCAUGAGGAAGCAACAAAGAAUGUAUCAAAGUCAACAUAUCAACCAUUGGGAAUUCACAUUCAUUACUACCAAAAGUCAUUUCCUAUUGCCGAAAUAGAGAGGAAAAUAAAGAAAAGUUCGAAGCAAGUAAUUGCCUUUUAUGUAGCUGAUGGCAAGGAAUUUCAAAUACCGGAUAAGGAUCUCACACGAAAAGAAAUGUUUCUUCAAUGGUUAGAAGCCUAUGAACAUCCUACAAAUAUUAUAUUGUUAAAAGAAGCGAUAGAGCUUGAUGAAUGGCUUAAUAAUGAAUGCAACGAAGUGACAAGACGUUCGCUAGAUCAAACAGAAAUAUGCCCUGAACCUUUACUGAAGAAUUUUGCUCGUUCCUUUAUGAAUAGAUCAAAUUACGUGGCAGUCGAGUUGCGACGCCCUCUAAAUGAGGAAAACGAAUUUAUACUGCAAUGGAGACUAAAAGGAAUAGGUGAAAUGUGCCGAAUUAUUGUUUUAAUACGUAGGAAUGGAUUCAUGGAAUUAUCGCCAGAUAUAACAUUUUACGAAACUAUUAGCAAUAUAUCCCAAAUUGGAAUAAACCAAAACUGUACUAUUAUAAACCAACCUCAAGAAAUGCAGGAAAUCAUGCCACAAUUGAAUCCAAUAGAAUUAGAAUUUUUUAAAGAAGAACGCCACUUGAAAUCAAUAGAGCAAAACCGUCAAUAUUUAGCAGUUGGCACAAUAGGAGGCGUAGCAGUGAUGGCAUUAGCAAUGUCCAUUUUUUGGGGUUUAAAUGGAAAUGAUUUUGUACCAAAAAAGUAG